CCGUCAAAUAUAUGGUCGUGAACGUGCAGCCGCAGUGUCCUACUAUACUCACUUGUUCCUCUCAUCUCGCCCAGGAAUACAGCUACACAGUAUGAAGUUUCUUGGCGUCGCCCUAACGUGCCUAGUCCUCUGGAAGGGUGCAAUCGCGCAAAAGGAUCUCUUGGGGCGACUGCCCAACUGUGCGACACGUUGUUUGGAGGCUACUUUACCUUCAAGCAAUUGCUCGCGCAACGAUAUCGGCUGUCUUUGUAUCGAUGUCACAUUCCAGACAGCAUUAGCAGGGUGCAAUGCCCUGAAUUGUACCGUUGUCGAAUCACUUCGAGCAACUAACGAGACCAACGUGGCAUGUGGCAUUCCGAUUCGCGAUGACAGUAAAACUAUGAUUGCAGUUACUGCAUCUAUCGGCGCCCUAGCUGUGCUGAUGGUCACCAUGCGACUUGCCCACCGUCUCAUCUCAGCGCAGGCAGAGCUCGGAUGGGAUGAUCUCUUGAUCGGUCUGGCUGGUGUAGCUUCUCUUUUCCAAAACGUGCCCGUUGUCGUUGCUGGUCAUCUCGGUUUCGGAAAGGAUAUGUGGGGAAUACCGCCGGAUGGCAUAACGAACAGCUUGAAGUGGUUAUACGUUACCUACUUUAUGUACCAGGUUGCCGAGUUCCUUUGUCAGCUUUCCAUCCUCGCCUUCUACCUACGAGUCGUAACCUCCGCCAAGCUCAAGCUGGUCACUUAUACUCUGAUGGGCCUUGUUACCUGUUUUGGGCUCGGAAACACAUUUGCUAUGAUGCUCCAAUGCAAGCCAAUCCACCUCUUCUGGGACGGCUGGAAGGGAACAAUGGCUGGAAAGUGCACCGUAGACGUUCGCCUCUUUGGGUUCGUCCGUGGAGGUAUCGAGAUUGUGCUUGACCUGGCAAUCUUGUCACUACCCUUGCCUGUGUUAGCGAGGCUGCAAAUGUCCUGGAAGAAAAAGUUCCAAAUCAUGUCGAUGUUCUGCGUGGGAUUCAUUAUAACCGUUGUUAGCUGUCUCCGUCUCUGGGCCCUUGUACGAUUCGAUCAGAGCGCGAAUCCUACGUAUGAUAACGUAUCAGGUGUCUACUGGUGCGUAACCGAAGCCAAUCUCUUCAUAGUCGUUGCGUGCAUGCCUGCUAUGCAUGGACUCUUCCAGAGGAUAAUGCGCCGGAUUGGGGGCAAAUCCGAGAAUUCCGGCUAUAGUAACUAUAGCCACGGUGACAGCAGCAAAUCCGGACAGCGGUCGGGGAACAGCCUUGCCUUUGGUGCUAUUUUGAAGUCUGUCGAUGUCAAGCUUCAACGUGAAGACCGUUCGGAGUCAGACGUCGAACUAGUGGAUCGUCCACCAUACCGUUAAGGAUAUCGUAAGGGGAGCGUAUUGGCAUUGGUGUGGGGUAUGGAGAUGAGUUCUCUGUGUAAAAGGGUUACACUACAUCUGGAGCUCUGCUUCUCGCGUGUCACGAUAAUCGUCCCUAUCUCUUGUAGUAGAGUUGUAGACAGAUAGUCGACUACCAUAACGUACG